UUCACUUAAUUUCAAUAUUUUCCUUUUCUUUAUAGUUCGAGAAGAUCAUAUUUUUAUAACUCUUUUUGAACUGUUUUAUGUUUGGACAUUGCUUUAAUUCCAUAUUCAGACUGUUCCAUAGUUUCACCCCAUGAACAGAAACACAAAAGCCUUUUCUUGUAGUUCACACCUUCCCUGUUUUGAAGUUACAAAAACCCCUUAAAUUAUAGCUUCCUUCUUUCAAAAAAAACAUACUCUGAAUAUUACCUGGCAGUUCUUUAUUUUUUGCUUUGAAUAGAAUUUGUGCUGUUUGGAAUUUCACUAGAUCAUCCAUUUUCAAUAUUUCUGACUGCAAAAAUAGUGAGUUUGUAUGUUCCCUAUAACCUGCAUUGUGGAUGAUUCGAAUUGCUUUUUUUUGAAGAGUAAAAAGUGAAUGUAAUGUGGUUUUAUAGUUAUUGCCCCAGACCUCUGCACAAUAGCUUAAGUAUGGUGAAACCAGUGAACAGUAGAGAAUAUGAAGGGAUGUUCUGUCUAAUACCUGCUUUGCCUUGUUUAGUAUUGCAAUGCUUCGUGAUACUUUGGAAUGAAUAUAUCUUACGUGAGCUCUCCAGUUAAGUUUUUCAUCUAUUAUUACCCCCAGAAAUUUAUUUUCACUGACUCUUUCAAUAUCAACACCAUUUAUUUCAAUCUUUGCAUUUGUAUUUAAACUACUAUUUCCAAAUAACAUAAGUUUAGAUUUAUUCAAAUUUAAUGAUAAUUUGUUUUUAUCAAGCCAGAACUUCACUUUACUUAUUUCAUUAGUCAUAUCCUCCAAUAAAUUCUGCAGAUCAUCACCAGAGCAAAAAAUGUUUGUAUUGUCAGCAAAGAGAACCAUUUUUAAUACUUUGGACACUUUACAGAUGUCAUUAAUGUACAAGUUGAAGAAUUUUGGACCCAAAACUGACCCUUGGGGUACACCACAAGCAAUGUCCAUACAUAAGGAACAACCACCAUUUAAUUUCACAAACUGCUUCCUGUCACCUAAAUAACUCUGGACCCAAUCUAAAGCUACCCCUCUGACACCAACGUUCCAGUUUUCUUAUUAAUAUAUUAUGAUCUAUAGUGUCAAAUGCCUUUGACAAGUCUAUGAAUAACCCAGCCACAUAUUGCCUUUUGUCUAUGGAAUUUGUGAUGUAUUCUAUUGAAUCUAAUAGUGCCAGAUUCAAUAGUUAGUGUGCAGGUUAGUGGGGUGUGCAGGGUGUGAGUUCUCCUGAAGUCUAUGAUGAUCUCCUUAGUCUUCUCCACGUUUGGGGACAGGUUGUUGUUGCUGCUGCACCACUUGGCCAGAUGUUUAACUUCACUCCAGUCGUAGGUCUCAUCGUUGUUGCUGAUGUGACCUACCACAGUUGUGUCAUCUGCAAACUUGAUGACGGAGUUGGAGCUGUGUGAUGGUGUGCAGUCGUGGGUCAGCAGAGUGAAGAGCACAUCCUAGGGGAGCCCCCGUGUCCUGGUGCUGGAGGCGUUGCUGUCAUCACUAACAGUUUUCCUGCCCAUGGCAGAGAGUGGUGGUUCCUGGUGGCACUUGUGAUCCUUCCUUCCCAGCACGUGGAACUGAUUUCAGAGCAGCUCUGUGCUGGAUAAUCUCCUCUAAUCUGUUAAUCUCUCCUUCCUCCGUCUGGUUUAGCUCCCUCUCAGUCUGUUCUGACCUUCAGGGAUGAAAGCUGCACAUUCUGGGGGCUUCCUGGUGCUGCCGUGGCCCGGUGACGGCGGCAGCUCACACCCGGCCCUGGGAGAGGAAAGUCAGGGGCGCCUGAUGCUGAGAUGUGGAGCUCUGCUGGGAGUCACGCUGAUCUGCGUGGCGGUGUUGAGGAAGUGGAUUGCAGGUGGAGUUUGUCGCUGUUCGGUUCGUCUGGAUGGGAAAACCAUUGUGAUCACUGGAGCAAACACUGGCAUCGGCAAAGAGACAAGCAGAGAUCUGGCACGCCGAGGAGCCCGGGUGGUGAUGGCGUGCAGGGACCUGACCCGGGCAGAACGGGCGGCUGAGGAAAUCCGCCGGUCGACAGGAAAUGGUAACGUGGUGAUCAGACACCUGGACCUCGCUUCCACUUACUCCAUUAGACAGUUUGCUAAAGACUUCCACGACAGCGAAGAAAGGCUGGACAUCCUCAUCAACAACGCAGGAGUGAUGAUGUGUCCAAAACAGCUGACAGAGGACAACUUUGAGACACAGCUGGCGGUCAACCAUCUGGGUCACUUCCUGCUCACCAAUCUGCUGCUGCCGAAGCUGAAGAGCUCCUCCCCCAGCCGUGUGGUCAAUGUGUCCUCCGUUGCCCACCAUGGAGGUCGUAUUGACUUUGACGAUCUGUUCUUCAGUCAAAGGCCGUACAGCGCUCUGGAGAGCUACAGACAGAGCAAACUGGCUAACAUCCUCUUCUCCAGAGAGCUGGCCCGACGUCUCUCAGGCUCUGGUGUGUCGUCGUUCUCUCUUCACCCAGGUGUGAUCCGGACUGAGCUGGGUCGCCAUGUGGAGGGUUGGUUCCCCCUGCUCGGGCUGCUGCUGAAGCUCCCCUCCCUGCUCCUUAUGAAGACUCCAUGGGAGGGCUGCCAGACCACCCUGUACUGCGCUGUGAUGCCGGGCCUGGAGGAACUGUCUGGAUGCUACUUCAGCGACUGUGCAGAGAAAGAAACUGCUCCAGAGGGACAGGACGAUGUGGCGGCAAGAAAACUGUGGGAGGUGAGCACACGACUGGUUGGACUGAAGAACACCUGCUGACCUUUAACCUCUGACACACAAAGCAAUGGAGCUGCAGACUGUGGACCAAUCAGGACAGAAACAAACAGACUUACCUCUUGUAGAGACAAGUGAAGCUGUGUGUUGUUGCCCCGUUUGAGUCCCAGAUGUUCCAGCUGCUGAUAUUUCUCCUGUCCUCCAGAACCUGGACUCUCAGGUGCAACAUAAACCUCCUGCAGAAAUCAGAUGUCCCCUAGCUGUUCCCUGAAUAUUUCCUGACUUUUCCUUCAUUUUUUCUCCAUUAUAUGUUUAUUAUUUCAUCACAUAUCUUCAUGCUUUCCUCUUUUGAUGCUUUCGCUGACUUCCUGUGUUCUCCACUUUACUGGUUGGUGUUUGAUGAUGUUUGGAGUUCAGCUGUGUGGACGUGAAGCUCUGGGUUUUAUUAAAGACAGUUUGACUGUUUUUAUACUCUGUGUGUAUAAUCGAUUCAGUGAUAAUAAAUUCAGAAUGAAGCUCAUCUCUCAUUUUUCUGCACUUUGAAUUUCUCCAAAAUGGAUGAUACUGAGCAUGCUCUGUGGGUGGCGAUUGGAAAGCACCUUUCUUUCCAAUAAAUGAGGCCUCAUUUCUUAAGUGUGGUUCCAGCUCUUCUUGGUGUCACAGGGGUCAGAGUGCUCCAGAAGGGUUAAUUUUUCACGUAGAGCAGCAGCACAGCCCAGCUUUGGGA